GCAUUAAAAUCUGAAGUUCUACAAGUCAGGAAAUAUGAUGAUAUCCGUUCAAGUUCUCCUUAUUUCUAGUUUAAUGCUUUCAGCUUUUUUCGGCACUAGUAAUUGUGUAAUAGUUGUAAAUGAAGGUGACAUUGGUCUUUAUUUUGCCGUAAGACAAUUAGAACAUAAUUGUGUGAAGAGAAUUGGAAAUAAUUUGGAUCAUCUUGCGGUGGGCACAUUGAUUGAGGUUAUGCGAACAGAUCAUCCGAGUUACGGACAAUUUGAAGGUAGACAUCUGGGAGACGGAAAGUAUGAUCCUGACGUCUGUCAAGAAAUACGUGGUAUUAUUACUAGGAUUAUACCGGAUUUAUUGAAACCAAUUUUUAUAAAUAUAAUAAAAUACUAA